AUGGUUCAAUCCAAUAACCAAGCAGCAAAGCUUUUCAACUUGGUUCUAAUUCUCUCUCUUCCGUUUUCCAUAAUUUCCAUGGCUGAGACCAGACAACUUGGCAUUGGGUUUGGAAAGUCAGAAUCGACUCCAGUUUGUAACUCAGUAUAUGGUGCGCAAGAGGGUGAUACUUGCACAACUGUUGCCCAGAAGUUCAAUUUGACACUCAACUUCUUCUUGGAGAUCAACCCCAAUAUCAACUGCGAUAGCUUCUUUGUGGGUCAAUGGCUUUGCAAGGAUGGGUCGGUUUCUCAUUGA